AAGGGUACUCUGUCUCUUUCUCCUCUACUCCUCAUCUGAUGAUUACAAAUACAUCUCCUCGUUAAUUUAUUUCCCCCAACAUCCACAAAUCAUUGCUCCCCAGAUCCUGUCUCCAACAUUGUUAUAUGUUCUGAGCAGAGAGACAGAAUAAGAAGAAGAAGAAGAAGACCAAAGGGGCUAGAUCUCUCUGUUUCUUGAUUCUUGUUGUUGCAGUUAAAACUGCAUUUGAGCUCUGCUGACUUCACCGUCAAUGGCGUCCAAGCUGCUCCUCAUCACAGUCUUCGUGUUAGAUCUCAUUGCCUUCUCUCUUGCGGUUGCUGCUGAGCAGAGGAGAAGCACUGCAAAGGUUGUGCAAGACCAGGAGAAAGACUACAAUUACUGUCAAUAUGACUCGGAUAUAGCAACCGGGUAUGGAGUCGGGGCCUUUCUGUUCCUCUUGCUCACCCAAAUCAUCGUGAUGGUUGCGACCAAAUGCUUCUGCUGCGGCAAGCCACUCAGCCCCAGCGGAUCCCGAGCUUGGGGUGUCAUCCUCUUCAUCACCUGCUGGGUCGUCUUCUUUAUUGCGGAGGCAUGUCUGCUGGCAGGGUCAGUGAGGAACGCCUACCACACCAAGUACCGCGCAGUGUUCUCGGCGAACCCACCAUCAUGUCAGACACUAAGGAAGGGCGUGUUCGGGGCAGGGGCAGCCUUCAUCUUCUUCACCACCAUAGUCUCCGAGUUCUACUACGUUUGCUACUCCAAGGCGCUUGACAGCAUCGCCCCUUAUGGCCCCGGCAGCAGAGAAGCUGCGGUUGGCUUAGGAACCUACAAGUGAUUGCAUUGAUCGGCUCUCUUGAUUGAAACCAAUUGACGAUUGCAUCUGAUAUUGCUUCCCAUUUGCCAGUUGAUGAUGUUAGUACUAGCGGCGUCCUAUACCGUUAUGCACUGCAUCGUGUACUUGCCACAUUUUUUGUUGGAUCUGUCACUUCCGUGUAUGUCAGAAAUAAAUAGGGGGUUGAUUUGAAAGAGUUCCUUAAAA